AUGUCUACACAGGGAGACUGUAUGGAGCUGAGGUGCACUGUGGGUAAACUCAUGGACAACAGAACCUGCACGGCAGCAUUUCCUUUUAUCCGAGGUUUAACCUACAACUUCCAGCUAUGGCUAGUAGCUGACCCUGACGAUAACGACGAGUUUUUUAAACUUAAGGACUACUUUACAUUAGAACAACUACUACGUUCGAUAGAUAAAAAGAUGGACAGCCUACUAGUGUCGUCUGGGGUUGAAUACUUCGCCAACACAGCUGUAAUGAAAACCAGAAUCGGCUUGGUGGAAAACUUCUACUUCACAUCCACCUUUAUAUUUAGUGCACAUUAUACCUUGGUCGGUAAUUUUUCUUUACCAAGGGACAGUGCAGAAGAUCAGAUACUGGAGACUUUAUUGUUUAGUUCUAUAACAGUGCCAAUAAUUGACACUGUGUCAGUCAAGAUGCGAGCUGUGUCAGGUUUUGGUGGGUUUGUACCUUGCUCGCGUUUUGCCUCUGGUGGAAUGGUUCAGUGCCUCGACGCGACAAGGGGUAAUAUUUCUGAGAAAUUUUACUCGGGCAGAGCUAUUUCCCUUAAAAAUACACUCAAAUGUCGUUUUGUAAGCUUUAACAAGUCGGAUUAUUCCGUGGAGAUGAACGACACUGAAAUCCCACCCAGCGUUACAGUUUUGGUUCGUCUGAAGGUGGUUAAUUUGACUUUCACAGAGAGCUCGGAGCUAAACUCGAUAGAGCUUAACCAACACGGCGAGUUGAAUGUUUGUAAUGAACUGCUAGACAAAAAGUUAAAGGAAUGGAAACGGAACAAAAACUUGCAUCACAAGGGUACAAACCUAAUGAGGAGGGCUGGUUAUAUCUUAACCUUGACCUGUGCUUCCGCGUCUAUGGUGUGUCUGUUGCUGACCUUGAUGACGUACAUCCGGUUCCCUGUGCUGAGGAACACGGCUGGGAAGAACACCAUGUUUUUGUGUGCUAGUCUGUUCCUAGCCCAGGCAAUGUUGCUGACCAGCUCACACUUAUCGGCACCAAGUUUAAUCUGCACCGCCUCUGGAAUCUCCACCCACUUCCUCUGGCUCUGGAUGUUGUCCUGGAGCUUCACCUGCAGUUACCACAUGUUUCAAAUCUUCACGUCCAAGGCACCAACGUGUGCCAGGCCUCGUUCUGCAGGACCCCAGAUGUACAAGAAUAUCAUCAGAUCCCUGAUACUGCCCUCAGUAGCUGUGGCUGGGGUGAUUGUCUUUUCGUCUGUCUACACGAGCGGUUUGAGCUACGGAUAUGGGAACUUUGCCUGCUAUAUUGAUGCUCCGAUGAUGAAUGCCCUCACAUUUGUUGGACCACUCACUACGAUCACCUUCAGCAACAUCGCCUUCUUCUUGAUCACGGUCUUCAAGAUCCAAAGCAUUGUUAAACUCCAAACCACUGAAACGUUUAAAAAAGACGACCGACAUCACGUAUACGUUUACAUCAAGCUUUCCCUAAUGACGGGUGGCUUUUGGACGCUGGCUAUCCUCGCAGAAAUUGUGGACAAUGAUGUCUUGAGGAUCGUUUCCAUCCUCCUCAACGGUCUGCAGGGGGUGGUCCUGUUCGUGUCAUACAGCUGUAACAGACGUGUCUAUAACAUGUACAUCAGUUCUCGUGGCGACCACUCCACCUCGACCACAGCCUCGGUCGUUGCACGGAACGUCAAACUGCGACUGGCAUACCCAGAAUAA